GUAACCAAACAAGGUAAAAAAAAAACAAAACAGAGAAGCGAAGGUCCUUUUACGAGGAGAGACAUGAGACAGCGGCUUCACUACAUUACAGUGUGUUUGGAUGGGUCUCUGACUCCCAUUUGACCCCUUUUCCUUUUCUUGAUAAUCUCGGUCAUCGAAAUACUCACCCCUGACCGAAUCCACCCUCCAUCGAGGCCAGACACCGACACUAUAGUUUUGCAGACGCACAUAGCAGAGCAGAACCGCACCGCCAACACCAAAUGAGGAAGGACGGCCCUCCGCCGACUGUCUCCAAAAUGCUGAGCUGCUUCGAAACCAAGACAAUGGUGGUCACAUUCCUUGCUCUGGCACUCGUCAUGCUCAUGUGGAACCUCCCUCCUUACUACCAAAAUCUCCUCUCCACCACUACCACCACCACCGACCGCUCCUCCUGCUCUGCAGCCGCUGCCACUCUUUCCAUUGCCAAUGCCAGUGCAUCUUUGUCUAAUUCUUCUGCUGGCCCACUUGCUGAACGGAAGUAUUCGGCCCCCCAAAGCAUUCCCAACUCUGACAAGCGAGUCUUCCAGCCCGUUGGCAACGCCGCCGCUCUCUUCGUCCUAAUGGGAGCUUACCGCGGGGGUCCCCGGACCUUCGCCGUGGUGGGGCUGGCUUCCAAGCCCAUUCACGUGUACGGUCGGCCCUGGUACAAAUGCGAGUGGAUCUCCAACAAUGGAUCCUCCAUUAGAACCGUAGCCUAUAAGAUGCUCCCUGAUUGGGGCUACGGCCGCGUCUACACUGUUGUCGUUGUCAAUUGUACCUUCCCUGUGAAUCCUAACCAGGACAACGCCGGUGGGAAGCUCACUGUCAACGCCUAUUACGGCGAAUCCCCAAAAAAGUACGAGAAAUUCACGGCUUUGGAGGAAGCACCGGGAUCCUACAACGAGUCCCAGUACCACCCGCCUUACGAGUACGAGUAUCUGUACUGUGGGUCAUCUUUAUACGGGAACUUGAGUGCGGCUAGGAUCAGGGAAUGGAUGGCGUACCACGCUUGGUUCUUCGGACCCCAGUCGCACUUCGUGUUUCAUGACGCGGGUGGAGUGUCGCCCGAGGUGAGGGAGGCGCUGGAGCCGUGGGUACGAGCCGGGAGGGCCACUAUUCAGGACAUAAGGGGUCAGGCGGAGUUCGAUGGGUAUUACUAUAACCAGUUCUUGGUGGUCAAUGACUGUCUGCAUCGCUACCGACACUCUGCCAAUUGGACCUUUUACUUCGAUGUGGAUGAGUAUAUCUAUCUGCCCAAUGGAAACACGCUGGAAUCAGUGCUCAAUGAGUUCUCCAAUUACACUCAGUUCACUAUUGAGCAGAAUACCAUGUCCAGUAUGCUCUGCUUGAACGAUUCCACACAGGAUUAUCCAAGGCAAUGGGGAUUCGAGAAGCUACUGUUCAGGGAGACACGAACCGGGAUCUGGCGGGAUCGGAAGUAUGCUAUUCAGGCCAAGAAUGCCUAUGCUACGGGGGUGCACAUGUCGGAGAAUGUUGUCGGGAAGACAUUGCACAAGACGGAAACAAAGAUCCGAUAUUAUCACUACCACAACUCCAUAUCGGUACUAGGCGAACCGUGCCGGGAAUUCCUCCCACUUUCGGCCAAGGCCAAUAAUGUUACGUGGUACAAGGAGCUCCCCUUUGUCUACGAUGACAACAUGAAACAGCUGGCCAACACCAUCAAGGAAUUCGAGCGCAAAACCAUCGGGCAUGUACAGCUCUAGCACCUACCCAAUAAGCGCCUAGCUGUGCGCGGAUGAUUUUUCAGGCUGAAAGGGAAAAAAAAAAAAAAAAAUUGUGACUACAGUUCCACUGAAAUCAACAUGUGGGAGAGCAAAUGCUGCUGCAGGAUGUGAUAAUGGCUUGCUCCUCACGCAUGGCUUGCAUUGUCAUAAUUCAUCGAUUGAUUCUUGGCACAAAUAUUGAGUUGGGUUUGUUUGCUCCUGUUUCUUGGCCUGGGAUCCAUCUGACCCACCACCCAUGGGAAUGAGAGGCGAGAAACUUGUGCAAAAGAAAAGGGAGGGACCCAACAUUGCUUUUAUUUGUCUAUAUCGUUAAAAAAAGUGAGUUGGUUGAGUGUUUUUUCUUUGUUCCUUUUAUCUCUUUUCUCUUCUUGUUUUUUAGGUAAUAAUUAUUGGUAAUCUAUAUUCUCUGUAAAAUUUGUAUUGAAAGAUGUCGAGAGAAGCUCUUUUAUUU